CAUGUUAAAAAUAUUUACUUCAAUUGAUACAUCAUUUGAACGUCUAUUGGAAACACUGGCAGUACUUUUCUAUUGCUCGGAAUACCUAUUCAUUUGUAUCAUUAUUCUCAUUAUCCUAAUAUACCUAUUAUUUACUAAAUAUUUCAUAAUACCCUUGUUAUAUUUUUCAUGGGUUUACUACGAUCGAAAUGUCCAUAACCAGGGAUUAAAUCAUUGGAUUAGACGUCUAUCCAUUUGGACAUAUUUCGUUAAUUAUUUUCCAAUUAAAUUAAUCAAAACUCACGAUUUGGACCCCCGGAGGACCUACAUAUUUGCCUGUCACCCCCAUGGUCUCAUGGGCUGUUCAAUAGUUGCUAAUUUUGGUACUGAAAGCACCGGCUUUUCACACCAGUUCCCCGGUUUGACACCACAUAUAUUAACACUUCCGGAAUACCUAUUAUGGAUGCCUUUUAAGAGGGAAUAUUGGCUUUCAUUGGGUUUCGAUUGUCGCAAAGGACAGGCACUGGUAUUAGUAGUAGGAGGUGGUAUUGAGGCAUUGGAUGCCAUUCCUAAUACAUUACGAUUAACCUUAAAACAUAGAUUUGGAUUCAUAAAAAUGGCACUAAAGCACGGUACACCAUUGGUCCCGGUUUUGUCAUUUGGCGAAAACAAUGUCUACAAUCAAUAUGAAGUACCCAAAGGGUCCAUAAUAAACAGGAUUCAAUUAUUGGUUACCCGGGUUACUGGCAUUACACCGCCAUUGUUCUAUGGUCGCGGUCUCUUUGAGCACACAAUCGGUUAUUUGGCGCACAGAAAGCCCAUCACAACUGUCGGCAAGUAUUUGCUUUAUAUAAGUGAAACGUUUGGC